UGUUGUGGUCUCUAACGUUAAUAAUAGGCGCGACGUGAGUACGCGCGCACCGGAACCGGACCUUCUCUGUCCAAUCAACAGCCUGAAAUUUGCGACCUUGGCCGGCGCGGUGAUUGGCUUCCGCUUGGCGAAGGCUUGAUACGGGACAGAGGAGCGUCAUCAGAGAAUGCAUCAAGUGACACAUUACAUCAGCAUUCAAACACUUUCUGAGAGUUAGAACGACGAGUUCUUGAAAAUAUGGCAGGAGUGUCCAUACGUAAAUCGAUUCGCUGGCUUCCAGAAGACGCGUCUGAGCCAACCUCCACGAUCGUGCUUUCUUCCGCACAGCGAAGAUUUGUUGACAUUCGAAUUUUGAAACCCGGGAGUGACGAAUCUAAAGACCAGGACGAAAAGCAACUGGACUUGAGGAGACUGGAUUGGGCCAUCGCAGGAACGUCAUCAUCAGUGGCCGUCCCUGACAAAGGCCAACAUGUCACGCUCUCGACGUUCCAUCACUGGAUUGACUCGCGCACUGUAGAACUUGAUUCGGCAACAGACGAAGGAUACAUGUACCCUAUGGACGCUGACGGCGGAGACGAGCUGGUCCUCGAAGUUGGAAACAUGGUCAAUCCUGAGACAGGGUCGCCGACUGACUACGAGGAGAUCUGGAUCGAGAAAAACAUGGUUCCCGUACCCGGUGAUGAGGGAAGUCAAACUGUGGUGCUUGACUAUGAUCGAGGCGUAGACCGCCGCGGCAGGGUUGUCCGUGUUGGAAGGCUUUGCCAGGGGUUGUUGAGAAUCAAAGAUGAGGUCACGGCCGAGCGGUGGGAGUGGAGCGAAAAGCAAGGGUGGUCACGGAGUAGGUUGAUCGGUCGCGAUGGCGCUCUUCCGUGCGAGAAACUUCUCAAAUCCUCGGCGAGUGAUACGAUUGAGCACGAUGGCUGCACAUGGACAAUUAUUGAACGCGACUGAGGUAGGCACUAUGUUGAGAGAACGACGACAUGCAAUUCCGGGAGUCAUUCACGAGUGAAUUACGGGCAACGCUCAAUUCGAUAAAGUCUUUGAAGACUACAUUAUUCUGAACUUGGCAGGAAAACUACCCACAUAGGGUCUGAUUCGACGAAGUGCCGCCAAGCAGACGCAUUGCUCCUUGAAAUAGAUCCAUGUAGAAUACAUUGCUUCUUGUCCCGGUAUCAGUCACUCCUUAGAGCGCCAGGUGUUUUUCAUCACAUCCUUCCCCCUCGGC